AUGGAAAACAGACCAACGACGGGAAUGUUUUUGAGAUUUCUACUGUUGAUCUUGACGAUAGUUAACCAGACGAUGCUUGCUCCAGCGAAUCAUCAUAGCGGCAACCAACACGUAGCCAGGAGGAUUGACUUACAGUCUGCUAUAAGUAUCAGAAAGAACUUCACUUGUAAGGAACCUCAGCAGAGGGCUUACAACUUGAGGGAUUUGAUGCAGCAUUUGCCGAGCGAAAGAACGAGGCAACCAGUAUACAUCGUGCUGAAGAGGUGUGACAGUUAUUCAGGCUGUUGCCGUAGUGCUGAUCUCAGUUGCAUCCCAGUGGAGUCGUCGAUCUACUAUGAAGAUAUUGAAAUCGAGAUGUCGAGUUUGGCAAUGACCACUAAGAGAAAGGCGGAUCACAGGUGGAUCAGAGUCAAGCAACACGGCGAAUGUAUCUGCAAAAUUGUUGAUGCUAAUCAGACAGAUACUGAGCCACCUGUUAUACAGAUCCUUUGA